CUCUCUCUUUUUGAAGAACUUGGCACAGUGCAAACAGUUUGGAAAAACCAAAAAUAAUUCAAUCAUACAUAUAGAAUACAUGUAGAAGAAGAAGACGUGGGAGACUGAUAGGAUUGAGUUCGCUCCAUACCAAAAAAACAAGAAGCGAUUCAAGAAAAACGUGUUCCAAAAGAGACAAGGCUACUAGCUUUACCUUUUUCUUUUUAUUUUUCUUAUCUGUUAUUCUUUAUUGUUUUUUUUCCCUUCUUGGAUAUAUUAUUAGGGAGCUGAGAUUGUAAGGAGGUGAAAAAAAAAGGAUCUGUUUUGGGAUAUAUGGGUAUAGGAGAAAGAGAUGACAUGGUGCAAUGACUCAGAUGAGGAGAGGGGCAUUGAACUGGUCAUGCCCACUAUUACUCCUAGAACUACUAAGACUCUUGUUACUGACAUUAAACCAACCGAAAUUCGAACCAUAAGUUGCCCCUCAUGUGGCCAUAACGUUGAAUUCCAAGAUCAGGCUGGAAUCAAUGACUUGCCGGGUUUACCAGCUGGGGUGAGGUUUGAUCCGAAUGACCAAGAGAUAUUAGAGCAUUUGGAAGCAAAAAUUCUGUCUGAUGUGCCAAAGCUCCAUCCCCUUAUUGAUGAGUUCAUACCAACGCUUGAAGGCGAAAACGGGAUCUGUUAUACUCACCCAGAAAAGCUUCCAGGUGUAAGCAAAGAUGGACAGAUCCGCCACUUCUUUCACAGGCCUUCUAAAGCUUACACAACCGGAACAAGGAAAAGAAGAAAGGUUCACACUGAUGAAGAAGGAAGCGAAACAAGAUGGCACAAAACAGGCAAAACAAGACCAGUUUUUGUUGGUGGUGCUGUAAAGGGUUUCAAAAAGAUACUGGUCCUCUACACCAACUAUGGGAGGCAAAAGAAACCUGAGAAGACUAACUGGGUGAUGCAUCAAUACCAUCUUGGCAGCAACGAAGAAGAGAAAGAUGGAGAAUUAGUGGUUUCGAAGGUCUUCUACCAAACACAACCUCGACAAUGUGGUAAUUCCAUUAUAAAGCAGGAUCCUUACAAUGAAAAAAGAUUGACUCACCAAAGUGUCCACGAUGACAAUAUAAUAUCUAAAAAUGUAGCUCUUAUGGAUUACUACAACACUCCCUUCAUAAAUUAUGACCAUGUGGGCGGUCAUAAUAAUGGGGAAAGUUCACCUCAACUUAUUCCAAACUUGGUUGUGCAAGGUGAUAGCUCUUCUUUCAUUCGAUUAGCAAUGGAUGCAAACAAAGCCAGGCUUGACAGGAAAUAGCUCCGUGAAGAACUUUCUUUGGUAGAGCAUAUAGUGACAAUGACCAUGCGUAGAUGCUGAUGGUUUUUCAUUACUAUAUAACAGUAUUUAUUCUAUCUAUCUAUAUAUAUGGGAUUAUAAUGAAGGAAAUCGAUCAAGGUGGAAGAAAUAAGGUUGGCUUCGAUUGGGAAUAUAUAGAUAUAAAUAUAGAUAUAUGAGGACUUACCCAUAGUUGACCCUGGUUGAAGGUUAAAGUUGAGAGGCGAGUAUGGUCUGUUCCGGUACUGUGGUUUUAUCUUUAAGUUUAUUGUACAGGUGAACUGGAAAAAUCGUUAGCAUGUGAUGAUUCUCUAUGUCAAACUAUACUGUUUUGAUGUUUUUACGUAGAAACUCUUUCCUUUCCUGCUCUGAAUAAAUACA